GAGAGUGGAAGGAGGUAUAUAAGAACCGGCUGACUACGGCAGCGCCCAGUCUAUCUGAAGUGAGUGUGAUUCCCUGGAAAGCAAAGCAUGGCUCGAACGACGUUAGUGGUAUUUUCAGCAUUUGCUGCCGCAUUAAUAGCAGUUGGCUCAGCCCAAAAAGAGGACUUCAAGUGUCCCGAUGACUACGGCUUCUACCCUCACUCUUCCUCCUGCGAUAAGUAUUUUAAAUGUGACAACGGUGUCUCAGAGCUGAAGACUUGUGGCAACGGACUUGCUUUCGACGACACCGACCCCAAAUACCUCAAGGAGAACUGUGACUACAUCCACAAUGUCGACUGUGGAGACAGGAGAACACUUGAGCCAGCAGUAAGCACGCCCCACUGCCCGCGAUUGUACGGAAUCUUCCCUGAUGACAGCAAGUGUGACACAUUCUGGAACUGCUGGAACGGAGAGGCCAGUCGCUACCAGUGCUCGCCAGGUCUCGCCUACGACAGGGAAGCCCGUGUCUGCAUGUGGGCCGACCAGGUGCCUGAGUGCAAAAUUGAAGAGGUUGCCAACGGAUUCAACUGCCCAGCUCCAGGUGAAGUGUCAAAUGCCGGAUCGUUCUCGAGGCAUCCCCACCCCGACGACUGCAGGAAGUACUACAUCUGCCUUGAGGGAACACCCAGAGAGUACGGCUGCCCCAUCGGAACCGUCUUCAAGAUCGGAGACAGCGACGGAUCAGGCAACUGUGAGGAUCCCGAGGAUGUCCCAGGCUGCGAGGACUACUACGGAGACCUGGACCUGAAGAGCAUCCGCAAGAGUGAGCUCCUCAGCGGUGGACCCAAUGUUGGCAAAUCCUCCGCCUCCAGCAGCAGCAAGAACGCCGGAGGUGCCGCCCCCAGUAAGCAGUCCCGCCCCCAGGCUCAGAGCCCAAGGCCGGCUUCACCCUCCCCAAGGCCGCCUUCAAACAAGGACCUCUAUGACGACGCCAACUAAGUGCUGUUUCCAAGGCGUUGAACUUUUGAGCAACCUAAGUGAUCCUCAUGUGAUCCUUGACAUGUGGUCGGUCUUUGCAGACCAAAAAUACCUGAACAGUGUUAAACUGGAUCAUAAUGUAUACUAAAUUUUUCAGCUUGAGUGAUCCUCAAGUGAUCUUUGAUACGGUCUUCUCAGACUUAUCAAAUCUGAACAGUGCUUUAGCUUUUAAUAGCAAUGUAAUUUGAAAUAGAUUUCUCCAAGAUGAGGUAGGAUUCAACUUCACUCUAGUAAAGUGUAAUAAUAUCAAAAAGCUCCUUAUAGUAGGAAUAGGACAUUUUCACUGUUCGAUUUUCAUAUAAGCUGGGUUACCUUUUUUGGACGGGUCUACCGGAAAAUGAAAAUUAUACGGAAGGCUUAUUAGUCUAUUUAUACAAUUAUUCAAUAGCUAUUGAGCUGCAAUUGAUUUUUUUCUAAAUUCUAAUAAUAAUUUUGUAGUUGGAGUAUUAUGAUGAGUUAUAGUUUGUUAUUUCCAAACGCCUGUGUGUAGUUUAUAGUCACAUUCCAACAAAUUUUAUUUUUAAAGACUAUUUCUAAUGAAUUUUGUAUUCAUUACAAAUAAUGUAAAUAACCAAUGAGAGUUAAGUAGAAAACAACGAAAUGUAUUUAAUUGGUAUGACACAUGAAUGUUGAAAAUGUUGUAUUUUGUUAUUAUUUCCCCAGUUGUAACAAACUGUUAAGGGAGUGACUUCAAAUUCAUUCAAGUAGUGAACGUCGACAUUUUAAUUCUGAUUAUUUCUUACAAGAAAGGUUUUUUUUUUACUAAAAAAGAUUGUCUGAUUUUGAAGUCACCCCAAGUUAUAUGACAAAGUCAAGUUUUUUACAACUGAUCAUAAGAGCAAAUAUUGAUGAACUUCCAUUUAUACAUAGUUUAUUAAAAUUGUUGUAUUAUUCAUACAGUAGAUAGAUAUUGCUAUUCCAUUAUUAUUUAUGUACAAUAGUAUUAAUUUAUAUAAUUCAAUAUCUCCUAUAGAUGCCAAUUCUAGUUUUAUUAAGUUUAUAGAAAUUUCAAUUUCUAUUUAUCAUCAGAAAAUGUUUUUUCAGACAUUGCGAUAUUACAAAAGAAUGUGAGAUUUUUUACUUCAAACUAUUGUAUAUCCAUAUUCACUUCUCAUUUUGUAUUCAGUAUUAUUUCAGAAUCCACUUUUGUUGAGUACAAUGUAAAGAAUCUAGAUUUUAGAAAACUCAGUUUAAAAUUACAGUUUGUAAUAUUUGUGUCAUUAAAAUUCUAAAAAAAACAUCAAACUAUC